AUGGAAGCACCUGCACUACCUUUGUGAUUAAUUGAUCGUUUAAAUAUUUAAACGAUCAACUGUUUUCAACAAACUGCGUUAUACAAAAUACUGUGGUGAUGGUGACAGUAAGUCUUACCAAAAUAUAGAAAGUAAUAAUGUUUACCCAGGGUAUAAAAUUGAAAAAAGUGAAUGUGUCAGUCAUGUUCAAAAAAGAGUUGGGUCUCGUUUACGCUCUCUUAAAGUAUUGUACAAGGGAAAAGUUUUAAAAGAUGGUAAAAGACUUACUGGAAAAAGAAGGAUGACAGAUAAAGUCAUUAAUACAUUGCAAAACUAUUAUGGUAUGAGUAUACGACAAAACAAAGGGAAUUUGUAUGGCAUGAAAAAAUCCAUAGCAGGACUAAUUCAUCACUGUUCUGAAAGCAGCAGCGAUGAAGAACGCCAUAAGUAUUGUCCUCGUACUAGCGAUUCGUGGUGUAAAUAUCAAAGGGACAAGAUUAAUCAAACUUUGACUUAUAAAAACAGUAUAAACAUUCCAGAAGCUGUUUGUGAAAUUAUAAAACCUAUUUUUUCACACAAAGAUCUUGGUGCAAACAAGUUAUUAAAAAGAUGUCUUGAUGGAGAAACACAGAGUGCAAAUGAAUCGCUCAAUAAUGUAAUUUGGACAAAAUGCCCAAAAAAUGUGUACGUGGGUAGGUCAACACUUGAAAUUAGUGUUGCAUCUGCUGUCAUACAGUUUAAUGAUGGUAAAACUGGUAUGAUAGAUGUUCUUCACAGUUUAGGAAUUUUACCAGGACAUUUUACUAAAAACGGUUUUCAAAAUAGUGAUGUGCAACGUGAAAAGCUUAUGGACACAAAAUCAUCUGAAAAGUUUAAAAAACAAAGAAAAAAGCUUAGAGCAACAAGGAAGGGGUUUGAUGAUAAGCACAAUGAUGAAGAAGGAACAUUAUAUGAAAAGGGGGGGUUUUAACCUGUUUUCAAGUGUUAAUAUAUUUGUAUUUUCAAAAUAUAAAGUUUUAUUUGCA